AGGAACUCAUGCAAGCAGGCGGCAAUAGUCGGAGCGCUGAAGUGAGAGGAGGGUCAGCCAUAUUGCCGCACUGUUAGUUCUGGAGAGGAGGAGGAGUGUCCGAGGCUGCCCUGCGGUAGAACCAUCUCAAAUCACACCUGCUCUGGAAGGCACUGACUGUGGAGACGUCAUCUAGUAGGCUAUCCGAAGUAUUUGGAAACCAACUUUUCAGCUCAGCGCCCGGACCCAGGAAAAGGACACAACAUGCCUAAAGCUGUCAAUGUUCGCGUCACCACCAUGGAUGCUGAGCUGGAGUUUGCCGUCCAGCCCAGCACCACUGGUAAACAGCUCUUUGACCAGGUGGUGAAGACCAUCGGCUUGAGGGAAGUCUGGUACUCUGGUCUUCAGUAUGUGGACGGUAAAGGAUACCUCACCUGGCUGAAGCUUGACAAAAAGGUGUCGUCCCAGGACGUGAAGAAGGAGAACCCACUGCAGUUCAAGUUCCGCGCCAAGUUCUUCCCCGAGGACGUGUCUGAGGAGCUCAUCCAGGACAUCACCCAGAAGCUGUUCUUCAUGCAGGUGAAGGAGGGCAUCCUGAGCGAUGAGGUGUACUGUCCCCCGGAGACGGCCGUGCUGCUGGCCUCAUACUCCGUCCAAGCCAAGUUCGGAGACUAUACCCGGGACCUCCACCGGCCCGGCUACCUCACCUCAGACCGUCUCCUGCCCCAGCGGGUUCUGGAGCAGCACAAGCUGUCCAGGGAGCAGUGGGAGGAGAGGAUCCAGGUGUGGCAUGAGGAACACCGUGGAAUGCUCAAGGAGGAUGCCAUGCUGGAGUACCUGAAGAUCGCCCAGGACCUGGAGAUGUACGGAGUCAACUACUUUGACAUCAAGAACAAGAAGGGGACCGAGCUGUGGCUGGGAGUGGACGCCCUGGGACUGAACAUCUACGAGAAGGAGGACAAACUGACCCCAAAGAUCGGCUUCCCUUGGAGCGAGAUCAGGAACAUCUCCUUCAACGACAAGAAGUUCAUCAUCAAACCCAUCGACAAGAAGGCCCCGGACUUUGUGUUCUUCGCCCCUCGCCUGCGCAUCAACAAGCGUAUCCUCCAGCUGUGCAUGGGCAACCACGAGCUGUACAUGCGCCGCCGCAAGCCAGACACCAUCGAGGUGCAGCAGAUGAAGGCCCAGGCCCGCGAGGAGAAACACCAGAAACAGAUGGAGAGGGCCCAGCUGGAGAACGAGAAGAAGAAGAGGGAGGCCAUCGAGAAAGAGAAGGAGCAGAUGGAGAGAGAGAAGCAGGAGCUGAUGAUGAGACUCUACCAGUUUGAGGAGAAGACCAAGAAGGCAGAGAAAGACCUCCAGGAGCAGAUGCAACGUGCCACGCAGCUGGAGGUGGAGAGGAGGCUGGCCGAGGACGAGGCGGCCCGCCUGGAGGCUGAGCGUCAGGCCGCCCUGCUGGCCAAAGAGGAGCUGGCCCGCCACGCCCAGGACCAGAUGCACAACCAGGAGCAGCUGGCUGCGGAGCUGGCCGAGCACACAGCCAGGAUCGCCCUGCUGGAGGAGGCCAGGAGACGCAAGGAGGAGGAGGCUGAUACAUGGCAACACAGGGCUCAGGAGGCCCAGAACGACCUGCUGAAGACCAAGGAGGAGCUGCAGAUGGUGAUGACGGCCCCUCCUCUGGCGCCCCCUCCCCCCAUGUUUGUGGAGGUGCCCAUGUUUGUGGACAACCACGACGUUUUGAUGGUGGAGGAGCAGAACGACCACGACAGCGAGAACAACAGCACGUACAGCGCCGACCUGCAGAACGAAGGCUUUAACGACCACCGCCGAGAGGAGGAGCGCCUCACCGAGGCCGAGAAGAACGAGCGUGUGCAGAGGCAGCUCAUGGCCCUGAGCUCAGAGCUGGCCCAGGCCCGCGACGACACUAAGCAUACCCAGAACGAUCUGCUACACACGGAGAACGUGCGCGCCGGCCGGGACAAGUACAAGACCCUGCGGCAGAUCCGAUCGGGCAACACCAAGCAGAGGAUCGACGAGUUUGAGGCCUUAUAAGAGGACCCCUCCCCAGAGGCCACGAGGGCCACACAGCCACGUACCCUUUCUGAAUGGUCACUGAACUAAUCCCUCCACUGCUACACACACACACACACACACACACACACACACACACACACACAGGAGCAGUAUAAAGAGAGUGAGUGAUACACACAUCUGCAUCACCACUUUUACCAGUUCCCCCUUACAUUGAGGUAACUUACUCCUGUAAAAAGGCUUUUCAAAUUCUUGUAAGAAAACUUACUAGUGCCAAAAUAUAUAUAUUAUUUUCUUUUAGCAUAACAAAUCUUCUUUCUGUUUUGAUUGUAUGCAAUCAGACAAAAUCACUCACCAUUGUUUUUAACCAGAGGUGUGAUGAUGAGUAGUGGGACUAGACAAUUAUAGUACGCCAUGAUGUGCACAUGAUAGACAUCAAGUACAGCCAAUCAGAGCCUUGCUUUUUGGUGUUUCUUAAAUGUGGUGUCAACGUUGAAAAAGGGCAAUUCUUUCUCACAGGGACCACUCAGAAAGGGGAACAUACAGUAUAUUGAAACUUUUACUCUUACUCACAGAAAAGUGUACUAUGUUCAGUUUCAUUGUGUUUUUCCAUAAUAUUUGGAACACUUUCGUUUAUGUUUAAUAUUGCUCUACAGUAGCUGGGAAAUCAUGAAUAGUUUAAUAUUCAUACGAUAUAUGGGUCAUUUAAAAAAGGGUUAUUUCCUCUUGGUUUGUAUAUUUCUGCUAUUCUACUAAUGAUCACAAGAACAUUUAAUAUGUAUCAAAGGUUCUAUAUCAACCAAAAUAAUGAUAGUUUUGUGUUCCAUAAGGUUUUCUUUUAGAUCACUAAAUUAAAGAGAUUUAUUUGUAAAUUAUUACUUCAUUUUUUUUUUUUUUACUUUAGAAAAUAUUCCACUGUAUGUCAUCAAAUCGACAUAAUGAGAUCCUAUAGGUAGCUAGCAGCAUUUUGUUAUGCAGUUCACCGUAGCUAGCAGCAUUUUGUCAUGCAGUUCAAGGUGGCUAGCAGCAUUUCCAAGGCAUACGUGCAUCUUCUCCAGGAGCAAAGUGCUUAUACAAAAACACUUAGGGCUCUAUUCAAUCUGUAUCACUGAAGCGUUACAGAUUGCGUUUUAGAAACGUAAAGGUAAUCUCCGAUUGAGCCGACACAUGCAGCAUUUAGCGUGAAUGCAGUCUCCGCUAACGCGGGAACAUUACCUUUACAUUUAAAUCACGCUGUAACGCUGAAUUUCUACAAUUCAGAUUGAAUAGAGCAUCAUUUUUCCUUCUCUCUUUUUUUCUGUUUAUGUUCCCGUGAAGGGAGGGAUGAGAGGAGGACGUGUUUAUUCUAAAUGUUAUGACGUCACCUAGCGAACAAAACUGGUUGAUAUUAUGUUAUGACAUCAUUUCAACCAGUUUUGCCCGCUGGGCACACAUUUGUGGAUGUAACCCCACGAGAUACCUUUUACUGUUGGAUGUCCCUCUGGAGCCCCUGUAGGCUGCAGCCCCAGUCUCGCCAUUCCCUCUAUCUGGAUGUGUACUAGACUAGUUUUUACUGACACUAUAACCAAAACAACGACACACAGCGCUGCCUCUGGCCCGCUGUUCUUUAUUCAAACUGGAUUUUAUAAAUGAGGUGUUCAGCAUAUUGGCAAUAAAGAUCUCCUAUGAUUUCAA